AUGCUUACUAAAAAUAACGCCAGAGACGAGGUAUUGAACAACGCAAAACGAAGCAGCGAAGAGGCGGGUCUUAUUGAAAGUCGUCAGGAAGCUAAAAAAUCUGUUAAAAAUAAUUCUUCCACGGCCGGCAACGACAUCAUUAAUUUUCUAAGAAAAACGGAUAGUUAUCGAAAAUCGGUCGGUCUUGAUCAAGUUGUAGAUGAUGAUGAGGAUGUGGCCGCGGCAAAUAACCCCGCCCCAGUGACAGCCAGUGCGUCGGGUGCGGGUCAUAAACCUGGCACAGUUGCUGCUUCGGCAGCAAAAAUAGAGGAACAUUUACGAAAACACAAUGUAAAACCGGUACCACAAG